AUGGCCGAUCAAACUCCCGAUCCCGACUACUUCGUCAAGAGCCAGCAAUUCACUGCGCACACGCACCGCGAUGUUUACCCCGCUAUCAACCCCACCAAUUCUUCUCUCUCUCAAAGUGGGAAGGUUAUCAUCGUCACAGGCGCAAGCCAAGGAUUGGGCGCAAGAGGGUUCGUACAAUCGUUCGCCGCCACAGGACCAAAAGCCAUCGUCCUGGUAGCCAGGAACGCAAAGAAGCUGGACGAAGUUGCCGCCAGUGUCAAUGAGAAAUACCCCAACGUCGACACCCUGACUGUAUCGACGGACGUUUCAGAUCCAGCGAGUGUAGCAGCCUUGUUCGAGAAGGUCAAGAGCAAGUACGGUCACGCUGAUGUGUUGGUCAACAACGCCGCGGUCUUCAACAGCAUUGCGCCAGUCAAGGAUGUCGACCACAAAGCGUGGUGGGAUGAAAUGACCAUCAACAUCUACGGCACGUUCCUCGUCACACAAUCUUUCCUCAAAUUGCUCCCCGAGUCUGCGCCUGCCAGAAUCAUCACCCUCACCACCGGCGCCGCCUACGAAGUCUUUCCCAACCUCUCCAACUACGGGCUCUCCAAGCUCGUUGUCUUCGAGCUCAUGGCCUACGUCACAGUCGAGAACCCGAACGUUGUCGCUGUCGCAGUGCAUCCUGGCAUCGUGCCUACAGACAUGCUCAAGGACGCGUUUGCGCCGUUCGCUCACGAUAAGCCGGAGUUGGUGGGCGGGCUGGCGACGUGGUUGGCUGCGUGGGAGGGAGAAGACCGCAGCUUCUUGAGUGGGCGAUAUCUGUCUGCAAACUGGGAUGUGGAUGAUUUGGUCAAGAGGAAGGAGGAGAUUGUUGACGGGGGCCUGUUGAAGCUCAAUUUGAUGGGGCAGUUUGGCGAGAAGCAAUUCAAGUAG